GCUCAAAUCGAUGGUUUGAUGGCAGUGGUGCUUAAGAGCGUAUACAUCGGAAUGCAGCAUUCUGUGGCAUUGACACCACUCAUUGAGAAAAUUGAGACAAGAGGUCCACCAGCAGCGACCAAAUCUGCAGACAGCGAGCCUUUGCGACUAUGUGCCAGACACUCGUCACACAGCUUUCAUGCGGACACACCAUUCGCGGUCCCAUCCUCCAAUGCGACUCCGCAGUCCAGACCGCACCUCGAGGGCCGCCGUACGAUGAUGGACGAAUGGUCCUUUGCCAGCCUGGGAGCCUUCUGCAAAUCGAGAACAACACCUGCUGCGAGUCUUGCGUCUCGGACAUGAUCGUCGGUAUCUUGAGAAACAGCUGUUACCGCUGUCGACGAUCUCUCGUGUGGCGAAUGGGCCAAGCGAUCAUCGACUGGCUCCAACAUCCGCGUAUCGCAGCCUUCUCACACUCGGGUUCCUCAAGCGACCGCAAUUCUUCGGGCAAUCGUGAAGACGUACAUCACUGGUAGGCUGAAAUGAAGGUAUGCCAGACUCCGCGACCCGGCCCUGCCACUAUCAUUCUGGAAGCUGACUUCGCCGUAUACAGGAAAUGACGCCAUCUCUUCUCGUACUUCAUAGCUUCGUUCCUGAAGCACUACCCGGCCUGGGGAAGACAUAGCCCAACGUUGCUGGGCUCAAGCUGGGAUUCAUGGGCAGCGGGAAUGGUUGUUUUCUCCAGUUGCCUGAGAAGAAUGCUGGGUGCAUUGUAGCAGGAUUGUAUAUGGGUGCUAUGCGCGUAGGCUCUGGGAUGGUUUUUGAUGGUGGCAUGGCUUCUAUCUGGUUUCUUGGACUGGUCGCGAGGGGUGCUUGUCGGAUUUCUGGAUGCGUGCUGCGGGUCUGUUGCUGAUACUGCGGAUUCUGAGGCCGCUGCGAGCGAGACUAGUACGUCUAAGUAUGCCAAAAAUAAGCCUGAUAUUCACAUGAAACGAACCUGUGGCCGUGAAGGCUGUAGCGACGAGAUCA